UCAGCGUUGAGCCUGCUGCUGUGCGCACGCGAGAGAGUGAACCUGGAUAGGAUGAAGACGCGUAGCCCGCGUGGGAACCGCACGGGUUAGUUUGCACCGGCGAACUCCACUCGCGCGUCAGCAAGACUUUUUACAAUUAUCGUCACAUUCUGCUCACUGGACAACAUUUAGCCGCACGCGCGCAAAAUCCGAACAUCUAUUUCCCUUAUCCGCGCUCAGUGACGCCUCCUCGCUGUCAUGUAGGGGCUUCAUGUGAACGCAGUAGCCUACUGUUGACCGAUGGGACACGAACAGAGGGUCACUCUCGGUGUGAGGAGGCAACGCGAAGAGGAUCUGCCGUGUUUUCAAGGAAAAGAAACGGAGCAAAUAGUGGCAGCACUCUCGGAAAAGUUCAGCUCCAGCCGCAGGGGUGCAGGUUGAAACGCUUAUCAUAUCUAACAGGAACACUGAGUGUUGCGCGUGACUGAUAUCGGGUCUGAAUAAACCGUUUACACCUGCUUCCGAGGACAUUAAGAAAUCAAACCGGAGAGAAGAUUAUUUACCGAGGAUAUAGUGUACAUUUGAAUCCCUAAAUAAUAAGGAUAUAGCGCCUGUAUUAAUAAUAACUCAUCUGGAACUGGGUGAAAAUGAGGCAGCGACUCAAAUGCGCGCAAAAUUCACCCGUUUAUUUCCAGUUGUAGGUGCUGCCCUGACCAUCCUUGGGGUGCAUAUCUGUUGUUUUUCAAACAGGUCUGUCACCCGCAACGGAGCAUCCAGACAGCUGCAUCUGGAGCAAAGGAGCGCUGUGCUGUUUGACGGUUUCUGCUGAAAAACACUGGAGCAAUGAGUCGCAUCCUCCAUCCUCAGGUGUUGACCAUCUGGAUUACGCUAAUCUCCAGGGCAACAGCUGACCUGACCUGCGAAGCUCUGCUCCUGCUCUCCACAAAUCCUACAGCUCGCACUUUGAUCCUGUGGAAUCAGACAUCUAGUCCCACCAACUCUACAGGUUUGUUCUGUAACACUUCGAUUGAUGGCAUUGGGACAUGCUGGCCCAGGAGCAGUGCUGGAGAAGUGGUGUCCCGCCCCUGUCCGGAGACCUUCCUCGGAGUCCGAUACAACACCACCAAUAACGUGUACAGAGAAUGUCUUGCCAAUGGGACCUGGGCAAAGAAAGGAAACUACUCCCAAUGUCAGGAAAUCCUCAACGAGGAGAAGAAGAGCAAGCUGCAUUACCACAUUGCAGUCAUCAUAAACUACCUGGGACACUGUAUCUCUCUGGGAGCCCUGCUGAUCGCCUUCAUCCUCUUCAUGAGGCUAAGGUGGGUGAGUGCCUCUGCUCUGAGGGGUUUUCAACAGAACUGA